AUGGUGAUGGUUGAAACUAGUCUCUCAAAAUCCAUGAAUGCUAGAACCAUCGGCUCAGGCGAUGAGACCGUGGUUCUGGCACAUGGAUACGGAGGAGACCAGUCUAUGUGGGACAAAAUUGUCCCAUACUUAGCCCGGCAAUACCGAGUUGUGGUCUUCGACUGGAGCUUCUCUGGGGCUGUGAAUGAUCCAAACCUCUUUGAUCCUGUCAAAUACUCCACUUUUGAUGCUUUUGCUGAUGACUUGAUCUCUCUCUUGGAGGAGAUGAACUUGAAAUCAUCAGUUUUUGUUGGCCACUCCAUGUCUGGUAUGAUUGGAUGUAUUGCUUCCAUUAAAAGGCCAGAGCUCUUCAAGAGGCUCAUGCUUGUUGCAGCGUCACCCAGGAAAAGUUCUUUGUUUUCAUAA